AUGGCAACUCAGAUCCUGAUGACAUCCAUUCCAACUGCUCAUCAUCGCUUGCCCUUGGCUGAUGUAUCCAUGAUGAACAACAAGCCACAAUGCAUGAUUUCACGAAAACGCAGUUCGUCCGCUAUUUGCUGUCCCAUCAUGUUCCGUUCCAGCAACAAACGGGCUCGUACUACUACAUGUACUACCAGUACAACAUGCAGCAAGCAAAAGAAAUCGGUCCGCUUUGACAUGGCGCAAAACACCACCGAGGUUGUAGACCGCACGCACCAUGAUACAGACACUCUCUGGUUUUCUGCCCAAGAAUUGUCCAAGAUUCGUCAUCGCGAAGCCCACGUCCUCCACAAUCAUCGCAGCAGUGAUUACUAUGUGCAUCAAAUCACACAGCUUCUUGGCAUGGCCUGUCAUUCUACUACAACAAGUACUACAAGUGUCGCCAUUAAAGACGCCAUUUCCUUUGUCUCGUCGAGUACUGCCCGUGGCUUGGAAAAGGAAGCGGUGGCAUGUGUCCGUCAACGCCGCAAACAAGUCAUUCGCACCUUUUUGCAGUCCCAACACGUUUUAUUGCAGCGUGCACACCAAUUUUCUCCCGAUUAUCGAGCCACGGCUCUGAGUCGGCAUUACCAAAAAUUGGCUCGUCCGGCCGUUCGAUUGGCCCAAAUGAUUGCUCAUGGUGAUGCCAUGGUGGCCCUGUCGUCGUCAUGA